CCCGCAACUCUCCCCCCACAGCCUUUUCUGAUUGAGUGAGUGUCUCUGAACACCUCUCUCUCUCUCUCUCUUUCUCUCUGACAAAGUGUUUGGCAUUUUACUACUGUUCUUUCUCUUGUUUUUAGGUUCAAUAGCAGUCAUUUAAAGCCUAAUAUUUCCCUUCUUAGUUCUUACUUCUAUCACAUACACCACACAAAUUCUUCUCUCUCUCUCCCACUGCCUGAUCUCCCUUAAGUUCUACAUAACAAAAACCAUGGAAGAUUUGAUAAUCUCACCCUCCUCUUCUUCUUCUCUAGUCUCAAGUUUGCCCCAAGAAGCCCCACCAACCCUUCAACAAAGGCUCCAGUUCAUAGUUCAGAGCCAACCAGAGUGGUGGGCUUACGCUAUUUUCUGGCAAACAGCAAACGACGACAAUGGUCACGUCUUCUUGGCCUGGGGCGACGGCCAUUUCCAUGGCAACAAAGACACUUCUCGCAAACUCUCCCAUAGUAACAAUACCCACCCCAUUCCAGUUCUACACUCGGAAAGAAAAAAUUUCAUGAGGGAUAUCCAAUCCAUGAUCGGCGAAAGCAACCAGGACAUCGAUAACAUGUCCAUAAACGCCGAUGUCUCCGACGCUGAGUGGUUCUACAUAAUGUCGCUAACCCGCUCUUUCUCUGCCGGAGAGGGUGUGCCCGGCAGGGCUUUUAGUACCAAUUCUCUGGUGUGGUUGACUGGUGGCCGAGACCUGCAGUUCUACAAUUGUGAGAGAGCUAAAGAAGCUCACAUGCAUGGGAUUGAGACUUUGAUCUGUAUCCCAACCUCUAGUGGGGUUCUGGAGAUGGGUUCGCCGAAUAUAAUCAGGGAGAACUGGGGUUUAGCCCAGCAAGCAAAGUCCUUAUUCGGGACAGAUCUUGCCGGCUUGUUACCCAGGCAACAAAGCCCAAGUUCAGGGCCGAUUCAGUUUCUUGAAAGAAAUAUUUCUUUCGCAGAUAUAGGCAUCAUAGCUGGCGUUCCAGGAGACGAUAAUUCUGGCGAAGAGAAGAGAAAAGAAGCAAUAGGAGGAAAGAAACAGUGCAUCAAAGGUGGGCAGUAUCCAUACGUGGACUCGGAGCACUCUGAUUCUGACUGUCCACUAAUCGCCCUGAACGUAGAGAAAAGAACUCCCAAAAAAAGAGGGAGGAAACCCGGGCUCGGCCGCGACACGCCGCUAAACCACGUCGAGGCGGAGCGCCAGCGACGAGAGAAGCUGAACCAUCGGUUCUACGCCCUGCGCUCAGUGGUACCCAACGUGUCGAGGAUGGACAAGGCAUCUCUUCUGUCUGACGCCGUGUCAUACAUCAACGAGCUGAAGACAAAGAUCGACGAGUUAAAGUCGCAGCUUCAGAGAGAUUCCAAGAAAGUGAAGCUAGAACUGGCCGACACCAUGGACAACCAAAGCACCACAACCUCCGUCAACCAAACCAGGCCGAACUCGAGCGGGUUCGCGCUCGAGGUCGAGGUCAAGAUCGUAGGACUUGAUGCCAUGAUCAGGGUCCAAUCGGAGAAUGUUAACUACCCGGCGGCACGCCUAAUGUGCGCGCUGCGUGAUCUUGAGUUCCAAGUCCACCAUGCGAGCAUGUCGUGCGUGAACGAGCUCAUGCUUCAGGAUGCUGUGGUUAAGGUUCCGGAUGGAUUGAGAAGUGAAGAAGGUCUUAAGACUGCUCUUCUAAGAAGACUAGAGCAAGAUUCCCCAUGUUUAUGUCACAGAGAUUGAAGAACCCAAGAAAAGAAGAGAUCUGUCAAGCAUGUGGGCUUUAAGCUUUUUUCGAAGGUAUCUUUGUACA